AUGUCAAGCCUUAAAACCGACGCAUUGGAGGAUUAUAACCCUUUUGGGGAUCCUUUGGCAUCAGCCACGGUUACACUAGACCGUCAGCCAGCAUUGUUACCACCUGCCGAUACAAAACCACCACCUUCUUACUCUUUGGAGCCACAAAUAACAGAUGGAACAUUGGAAGAGUCGCAUUCCACAUUUUUGCCUACUGGACCACCAGUUCUAACUGUCGCAGAUCUUCAACGACGCCAAGCUGAACUUGAUGCAAGGGCAGCCCAAUUGGAUUUGCGUGAAAAGCAGGCCCAACAACAGGAAGCUUGGAGGCUUGAACAUGGCUAUAGCACUGCUGAAGUUCCUAAUUGGCCUCCUUUCCCGCGUUGGUGUUGUUUCAGGCCCAUGGUUCACAUUGACUUUAACUCAGAUAUACCAUCUAAUUGUCGUUGGAUGGCUCAGUAUGGGCAUUACUUCUGGAUGGCCUAUUGUCUUCUUCUCCUUCUCAACGUGUUUGGAACUCUGAGCUAUCUCAUUGCUUCUAAAGAUCUUUCCACCACAGGCCCUUUAUUUGGUGUUUCUAUUGCUGUAUUUGCCAUAAUGUCACCGGCGAGUUUCUUCUGUUGGAAUAGGCCUCUCUACAAAGCUCUUAAGAAGAACAGUUCAAUGCAGUUCUGUAUAUUCUUUCCUUUCUUUGGAAUUCAAAUCUUGAUUAUUGCCAUUCAACUUCUUGGAAUUGACUACCUUGGCGCUUGCGGAUGGAUAAACUCCUUGAAGCAAUUGAGUGAAAAUCGCACCACUGCAUCAUUCAUGCUCUUCAUAGCCGCUCUCUUCACAGUAGCUGCAGCUGCCGCCGUUUAUCUCAUUUUGCGGGUACACAUGUUCUACCGCAAUUCUGGCGCAAAUUUCCGCCACGCAAAGCAGGAACUAGCACAUGACGUGGUUGCUGGCAGCUUUGCUACCUAA